GCUAAAUUUAGUAGACACUACGCCUAAUUGACAACAUGGGCGGGUGCAUUUCCACGGAAGCGUUCGACCAUGCGGUGCUGGUGCCACACAAGCCGAUGGCGGUUCUGCACUCGAGGUUCGCAGCCCAGUGCCCUGUGACACUGCUCAUUAAGCAGAAAAUGUGGUCCUUCUCUGGAGACGACUUUACGAUCAAGGACAUCCACACGGGCACGCCGUACUUCAAAAUCAACGGGUCUGCAUUGUCCUUACGCCAGAAGAAGUCGCUUCUGGACUACAGUGGCGCCCAAGUGGCCUACAUGGAGGAGCCGCUCUUGUCCUGGACGCGGCGGCAGGAGGUGUACACCCCGCAGAAAGAAAAGUGGUUUGAGAUCAAGCCGCGAUUGACCAUGUUCUCCAAUGAACUGGACUGCGCCGCGGUGGACUCUGUCACAGGACAAACGCUCCACUUCGGCCUCCAAGGCGACUUUAUCGCACGCAAGUCGGUGAUCACCUGUGACGGUGUGCCAGUGGCCAAGAUCUGGAAGCCAAUCGAGUUCGUACGAACGCAGUAUCACGUGGAUAUUGCCCCUGGAGUGGAUAUGGCGUUGAUAGUCUUGCUAUGCGUCGCGUUAGACGAAGCCACGGAAAAGAGAUAGAACACUACUGGUACUGGUUACAUGACGGUGCCUUACGAUAUACUAAUACUACAACCGAAGACCUU